UGAGCGUAGUAAACCAGAUGGUCACUCAGUUAGCUGAACUGCAAACCUAAAGAAGUGAGAGAGAUUUUGCUGACACGUCAGAGAAGUUUUCCACAAUGCGGAAAGGGCUGAGCUUUACAGCGGUGUAAAAUCUCAGGAAAAAUAGUGGCACAAAGACAUAUAGACUGAUAUAUACCAACCACAACCAAAGGGUUCCCCUAAAGUCAAACCAGACUGAAAUGGUGGUGGCAGCAGAGGCAGGAGAUGCUUCUGGUGUUCCAGAGAUCAGAAAGCCCAUGCACGCAGAAGCAGAUGGCAGUGAGAGUGAGACGGACAUGGAGGAGGAAGGCAGAGGAGCGCAGAUCCCUCUGCAUCGCUGGGUAAUGCACGGGGCAGUGAUGUUUGGACGUGAGUUUUGCUAUGCCAUGGAAACAGCCCUGGUGACACCAGUGCUGCUGCAAAUAGGCCUUCCUGAGAAGUAUUACAGCUUAACCUGGUUUCUCAGUCCUAUCCUGGGUCUCUUCUUCACACCUCUGAUCGGCUCGGCCAGUGACCGCUGUACUCUGCGAUGGGGCAGGAGAAGACCAUUCAUUCUGGCUCUUUGUGUAGGUGUGCUGCUGGGAGUGGCACUCUUUUUAAAUGGUUCAUUAAUAGGCCUUUCCAUUGGUGACAGUCCCAACAAUCAUACUACAGGCAUCGUUCUUACUGUGCUAGGUGUGGUGGUGCUGGACUUCUGCGCUGAUGCCUCCGAGGGACCAAUCAGAGCUUACCUUCUUGAUAUUGCAGACACAGAGGAGCAAGAUAUGGCCCUGAACAUUCACGCCUUCUCUGCUGGGCUUGGUGGAGCAAUGGGAUACAUGCUUGGAGGCCUAGACUGGACUGGCACAGCUCUGGGCCAAGCACUUAAAUCACAGGAGCAGAUUCUUUUCAUGUUUGCAGCCAUCAUUUUUAUUAUGUCUGUCACACUGCACAUGCUCAGUAUCCCUGAGCGGCCCUUCACUCCAUCAAACCAGCUAAAAGACACAGAAAACGGGGACUCUACCAGCCAUUUAUCUUUCAGGUCAGCUAGCCACACACUAGAUGUGAUUGCAGAAGAGGAUGCUUCUACUCAAGCUCAAUCCCGAGUAGACCCGGAAUCAGAUGCUAAGGAAGGGGAAUUAAACUUUCUUCCUGUGGAACGAGUGAGGAGUAAAAGUGAUUCAGUCUUAGCCAUGCCAGAUGCUGAAAUUGAGUUAGAUCUUGACCUUGACCCAGACACAAAAACUUUCUUGCCAGAGACACACUUUCAACCAGAAAUGCAAGAAAGCCUAGAAGAUGUUUUUAAACUAUCAGUUUCCAGUACUGGAGGUCCUCCUUCUGUUGGACCACACCCCCUUUCUGAUGGGAUUGUAGACAUGAUGCCUAGAAGUUCAGUUUUGCCAGACCUUAAGGAUCCAGCAGAUGGCCAUCUGUUUUUCUCAGAGGAUUCCCAGUUGAGACAGCAGGCCAAGGCUGCCAAUGGUGUUAGUGCCGGCCUGGCUUCUUCUGAGUUCUCCAAUGCAAUUAAAUGCCAUGCAUCUACCAACUGUACAUCCAGUACACGACCACACAAACCCACCUACUACAGACAACCCUCCUUUACUUUUUCAUAUUAUGGUCGAGUGGGAUCACCACGAUAUCGAGUGCGGCGCACAGGAUUUUUCAGCCCGCGGCCAAUCACCGCCUCUCGUAGUCUGAACGAUCUGAGCAUCAUCCAGCGGUAUACAGAUAGGCGACGAUUGCAGCUGUCAGCCAGCAGUCUGUCAUCUGAGGGCUCCAGCAGUGAGGGAGGAACAGAUGAGGGUGCGACUGUCCGGCUGCUGUGGUUGUCCAUGUUGAAGAUGCCAAGUCAGCUCUGGAGAUUAUGCGUGUGUCACCUCCUCACAUGGUUCUCCAUUAUAGCCGAGGCUGUGUUUUAUACAGAUUUCAUGGGGCAAAUUAUUUUCGACGGAAACCCCACGGCACCAGCUAAUUCCACAGAGCUACAAAAUUAUCAUAAAGGAGUGCAGAUGGGCUGCUGGGGACUGGUUGUUUAUGCUGCUACUGCUGCUGUCUGCUCUGCCAUCCUUCAGAAGUAUCUGGAUAAUUUUGAUCUGAGCAUUAAGGCCGUCUACAUCGUUGGAACUCUGGGAUUCUCAAUCGGAACUGCAAUCAUGGCAAUCUUCCCUAAUGCCUAUGUUGCGAUGGUGAUGAUCAGUAGCAUGGGCAUAAUAUCCAUGAGUAUCUCCUAUUGUCCCUAUGCAUUACUUGGCCAGUACCAUGAAAUCAAAGAGUACAUUAACCACAGUCCAGAAAAAACUCAAAGAGGUUUUGGGAUUGAUUGUGCUAUUUUAACCUGCCAGGUUUACAUCAGCCAGAUUUUGGUUGCAUCAGUCCUUGGAUUUGUAUUAGAGGCAGUUGGGAGUGUGCGCGUCAUUCCCUUUGUGGCCUCUGGGGGCUCCUUCCUUGGCUUCCUUGCAGCCUGUUUCCUUCUCAUUUAUCCUGAUUUGGAGCCCAGCAGCUCAGAGCAGGAUGAGGGCUUGUUGGUUUUUUCUGGAGCAAAAGACCAGAAUGCAGAAAACGCCAGUGAGCAAACGCAGACUCUGCUGAAACUCUCAAACAGAGAUAAUGUGAAGAAAACAGAGACCCAUUUUGCUAGCAGAAAUUAGAAGAUGUGGGGAUUACACCAAAAUGCAUCUGAUUUACAGGUUUUACAUUCUCUGCUUUUCUGAAGGAAAGCUAAGAAAAAAAAAAUAUAUCAAGAAAUCAAGGUGGGGUGGAGCUGGAAAGAUUAUCUACUGAAAGGAAGGAAGCAUCUCAGUUUUGACAUGUUCUGUUUAUCCUACUACCUCAGUUGUAAUGCAAACACAUUUCCAGCUGGUAUAGAAGCUACUGAAACAACAAAAGAUAAAUGACAGCUAUCGGUUGUGACUGUUCAAAUUAAAUUAGUUCGUACUACUGAAACACAAAUUUUAUUGAUAGAAUGGAAAUGAGAAGCACACACAGCACUUUCUUUUUCACUUUUGAAUGCUGAUGCUGCUGAGUAAUGUCUGACAUUUUACUUCAUAGAAGCCGUUCAAUAGCUGCUUAAUAUACAAUCAUAAUGCUGUAACUGUUACUGUGUGUACCCCUGCAUUACCUGUAGGCUAAAUCCAGAUGCAAAAAAUGUUUUCUAAUUUCUUGGUAAAAUGCCUUGAUAUUUUUAUUUUAAGCUCUUUUCAAACACUGGAUAUUUAAUGUUUGUUGGCUCCACCAGUCUGUUAAAGUGAUGGGAUUCUGUUUUUUAAACAUAAGUCACUUUUACAUUAAUGUUCUUCACAGCUUCUUCCAUACCUAUGAUCGUGAUGAAGAUAUGCAUGGGGUGUGCUCAAUGUUUUGCCAUAUGUGCAAAAGGCUCGUUACGUUUGUGAAAACUGCUCCUGUCAGUAUUGUCUCUGGAGUGUAACCACGCUUAAGAGGGUUUAGUUCUCUCUGCCAUUAUCACUAAGAGCAGGGUCUCUGUGUGUGCCUGUGUCAUGGUGCCGGUGAGAGCUGUACUCCGAUUUUUAUUUUUGUCUUGAUUGCGCAAAACCGCUACAGUUCUUAAUGCCAUAUUAUUUUUUCAUGAUACACUAGACGCAUUUUAUCGGUUGGCAAAUAUUUGCAAUGUAAAGGUUGUCUUAGUGAAGACACUAGGCUUCUUGAUUGCAUUGAAGAUUUUAUAUCUAGUCUUAAAGAAUAAGCAAAUAUGAAUAUUCUGCCUUUGCAAAGGGAUCAGAGUUUCUGAUAUAGCUUAUGUUGAAUAGUGCUUGCAGAAAGUUACUAUAUAUAGUGUGGCUCUUGUUAAGGGUGCCUUCCCACCAUGACGGUUAGAACACGGCAACCAAUCGAAUGCAGCCUAAUUUAUUAUUAGUGAUCCAGUAUUGAUCCAGCAAUAAUGGCAUGUGAGAGAAUGUGGUCUGAAAGGUCAAUAAACUAGAAAUAACAUAUAGAAUAUGCAAAUGAUUAUGAAUUUAAAAACCUAUAUUUUUAAAAACAGUUUACAUUUCUUUAGUUUACAUUUAAAUCAGUGUUAUUACAACUAUUUAUCCUUUAACCAAGUUAAGAAGGCAUUAGAGCAGAGGUGGGCAAUGAUUUUUCCCAAGGGGUCACAUUAGAAACUGGGACUGUUGUAGAGAGCCACAACAAUAAGCUAAAUUCACUUCUGCUCACUAUUAAUUUCUCUCUUUACAAACUUCUACUGGUAAGAGUAGAUGUUACAAUCAGGCAAUGAAACUGUCAAAUAGGUGAAGUAAAAACACCAGAAUUUUAUCACUAUUUAAUCAACAUUCCCAGAAACUAUUGUGAACAAAAUGUGCAUGUUUUUUCAAAAUUUCAAAGAUGUUUAAUGUUAUGCAAAAUGAUGUUGCUAUUUUGCUUGUAGUUUAAUUACAUCAUCUACAGUUUUUCUGUUCUUUUUUUCUUGUUCAGUGAGAGAAAUCUAAUCUGUUUGUCUAGCCAAAGAUUGAGCCAAGUGUGGUAUGAAGAGCCAUCUUAGUUGAACGGAUCCAUCAGUCCCAUUUCCCUGAAAUGUUACGGAAGUUGUGAUGGAAGUUUGGCUGUUGUUUAGCUAGAUGCUGUUCCAGGUCAGAAUUGAGCUAAUUUAAAGCGUUUUGAGCUCAGUGUCUCCACCACAGAAAUUCAUGCCUUGGUCUGAAUAUACGUCAGUAGGUUUACCAAGAAGGGUGAUUAGCUGUUGAAGAGACUUUAGAAGUGCAUCAGUGUCAGUUGAUGCCAGUACUUCUAGAUGUACAGUUCUGGUUGUGAGGCAUUUUAAUAAGAGGUCCCAUCUCUUCUCAUUACAGUGUCUUAAUAAGUACCUUAAUAAGGUAGGGACCAAAGCAAUCUAUGAACAGUUGAGGAGGUCAAAGGUCAUCCAGGCAGGCUGACUUGGUCUUCCACUUGCAGCAUUCCAGAUUGCAGUACAGCUUCUCUGCCUCUGUUAAAGCUGGAAGCUGGAAGUCAUAGUCCAUGCAAAAUUAAUGUGCUUGUGGUUUGAGCUCUUGUUUAUGAUCUUGUCUGCCCUUGUUUCUGUCCAAAGAGGGUGUACAUUCUUUGCAGCCAAUCUGUUUCUGAAAUUCUGACCUGAUCUCUCCUGGCAACUUACUCAGAAGUCACUCCACAUCUGACCCACAUUUUAACUCUGCUUCACCUUCUGAGCCAAAAGUAUUGAGCAUGCCACUGAGAGACCUGAUUUGUAAAGUGAAUCUUUCAAAUGCUUUAGUAUCUCCCCACUGAUUGUCCGGUGAAUCCUUCACAUCAGCAUUCUUGUACAGCUGGCCACACCUCUCAUUAAGAGCAGCCAGAAUGUGGGCCCAUUACCGAUGCGUGGCUGGAUGCAGGAGGAUCAGGAUGGGGUUUCUUUGUGCUCUUGGGAAUCAAAUUUAAUCCAUACUGGCUGACUGGCACCAGAGGUGGCUGCUGGGGAUUUCUUUCCCGUGGCUGAGGAUAAUGGCAAUGCCAUCUUUGUUCCUUCCUCCAAUCCGUGCUGUUUCCUCUCCUUGGUUACCUGUACUUGCUGUGUUGUGUGAAGAGAUAUAGGCUGGUUGAAAGGUCUGUAGUGGCAUAACGGAUAAAGACUACACAGUCUACACUACAAGAGCUCAUCUGCAGAAAAUAUAUAGGGGAGUGUCAAUCAUUAAUUUCCACAUAUGUAUAGAACAGCUAUCAGUAACAUCUGUAUCACACUACAAACUCCAGGUUUACAACACUGGAAUGUUUCUAAGAAAGUCACUUUAACAAGAACAAUGCAGGUAAAUGAAUAACUUACAUCUGCAGCAAUAAUACACACACACACACGCACACACAGUCCACUUAAGCAUCCAUUUUGGCAUUCGACCUCACUAAUAAGCCGCUAAUUUCUGGCUGGAGCAUGCUCAGAAGGUCGGUCUUUCCAACACAUUAUAUUAAAAGCAAAUGGUCCUUGACCUGCUGCACAUAUGUAAGGAUAACUGAGAGGAGCAGCAUGAGAAAUUAUUUUAGCACACACGUUUGCAGUGUAACAAAUGUAGGGCAGUGUAUCCAGUGGAAUAAACUGUAGACUGGUGUAAAAAUCUUCAUACAGCAACGUGGUCUCUCAUUCAGCUCUGUCACUGUUAAACGUGAAAGUUGAUGCAAAUGCCCAACAGAGCCUUGAACGCUAUGAGAUUGUUAGAAGUAUGUUUUAUUGUGAAAUAUUAAUGUCACGUGGCAUGAAAUCUUUAAUACUAGUAAGGACAACAACUAUGCUCAAGGCCAAACAGCUCUUAAAAAAAACUCAACCAAAAUUGAAAUUCCCCUGAUUAGAGUGAUCUGAACAAAUGAUUCUUGAAAAGAAGCACAGGACCUUCUCAGUCUGUUUUCCUCCUUAAACAGCUGUUCAGCUCUCAGGAACUAACACCAUGAAUGAAAACACUGUGAAAAGGUUGCACAGUUUCACAGCAUGAAAGGAUUUUAUUGAAUGACUGAAAGCAAGCUGUUUACUGUCAGUGCACCGACUUCUUUAUGGGUGUUUCAGCAGGGCCAGGACCUUGUGCCACUUUAAGAAUUUCACAACCUGAUUCACAAGAAUUUAAGAGAACUCGAUUCGCAUUCUGUGGAACUAUGCAUAUGAAUGUAUUGAGAGAAUAUAUUGAAAAUAAAAAUUAAUCACAAAUGCAAAUAAUGCAUAAGCUGGUAGUGUGACAUGGGAUAUGUGCCUUUUGUUUUUAUGCACCUUUUUUUGGUUAAAAUCCAUAUUUUGUUGUUUUGAUACAGAAAAUUGUUUUACUUCAAGUCAUAAAUGCAUUUUUAGAGUAAAAAAACCAGUUUCAUUGCUGUUACUGUUAUUUUCUUUUCUCUAAUUCAGUUCUAUAGACUAUUUAACUCCACCUUUCCUAAUUGUUUCUGGAAUCUUUCCACCAAGAAGCCUUUUAGAGGAAAACUUUUUUUUGUGCCAAACUACUAUGCUUAAUUUAAAAAAUACUA